AUGCAAUAUCAAAUGCGCGUUCGUACAGUCCGCGUCUUGGUGGCAGCGGCCAUCCUCUGCACCUCGUCUGCCUUCCAGAUCGUUCCCAACUCAACUCUUUCCCGGCGAGACGAUGGCUCCUGCUCGGCGGUCGAUUCCAAGCUUCCGAACGACUUCAAAUGCCCCGCAGGAAACAACUGCGUGUCCCUCGACAAUUCGUCGUCGGCCCUCUGUUGCCCGGAAUCGAGUUCAUGCAACAACAUCCAGAUAAUAUCCUGCGACGUGUCGUCUCAAAACGCAACGGCGAAUCCUACGGCAGGGAUAUUCACCACGAGACUUGGGGACAAGCUGCCACAGUGUGGAGACAAAUGCUGCCCGUUCGGAUAUUCCUGCAUCCAACAACCUUCGGGGCCUUCCAUUUGCAGCAUCAUCCAGAGCACGAGCAUUGUGGGAAAGACGGACCCAUCCUCGGGCAACACAUCCAGUCCUUCGUCGGCAAGCUCUUCAUCUACAAAGCCGACUUCAACUACCUCAAAUACCAGCUCGACAUCGACGUCAAGCCCAAGCAGCGUCAGUGUGUCGGCAGCGCAGGUUGAACCUCAAUGCAACAAAUUUCCCACCGGGGUGUUCCUCGCCGGCUUCUUUCCUGGCAUGUUUGUGGGUGCCUUCCUGAUGCUGGCGUGGGUCAUCUGCAGUGGACGGCAUCGUAAACCAAAGUCUCGACACUCUUCUGGUGGUUCGUCCAUCUACAAACCAACCAUCUCAGAUCCCAUCCCUUUGGAUGCCUCUGGCGGCCUAAGAACGGACUUCCUCCGCAAAACCACUGAUCGAGCAAAGUCAAUGUUCUCCACAAGGAGCAACCGAAACAGCCAACAACCAGCUACUAGUCACUGGAAGAUGCCCACGCCUCCAUUUCCCAACAAUAUCCCCGUUGCUCCAGCAGGCUUACCCGUCACGCCAGAGCGGAGGCUCGCGCAUGAACCCAGCAUGGAAAGUAUUAAAGUCUACAGUCCACCUGCCGGAGCGAUCCAACACCCCAAUCCCGCGGCAAUUGCACCAUUGAGAGGCAUGGCAGCACAGCGAUUCCCGCUGACCAACAAGAACAAUAUGGGCAGUCCGUUCCAAUCCCCUCCCAACAACAGCAACGGCCCUACCGCGGCGAACCGAAUGAGCAGUACUCUGAGAGAUGAACGGGGAGUCAGCGUCUUCUCUGGAGGGUCAGACUUUUCGGCUGAGAAUGAAGGUCCCACACUGACGCCGGCACGAUACAACGGUGACUUCAAUCCGUCACAACGCAUGCGGUCCGAGAGUCGAGUUGAAAUCAGCAGACCAAAUACCACGUUUACAGAGAUGCUACAUGAAGCUGGGUUCCCUGAUCCCAUGCAACCACCAGACCAACACACGCCGGCUGUCCCGAGGAUACCGGACGGCUAUGCAGGGAGGAACCAACGGGUAUAA